AGAACGUGUUUUGAACUGGGUUAGUGAUGUAAGCAAUUUUGGUGGUUUUAGAUCAUUUCGCUAUGGCUGGAAAAGAAGUGUAUGCAUUCAGAGAGCUGGAGAAUAUGUCGUCGGAUGAUUUAUAUGCAUUAUUAGAGAGCAUUCCUUCGGAUGGCGAGUCAGAUGAACCAGUAGUGAUGAAGAUGAUUUGCUUGACCGAAUAUGCCAAUAAUAGUAUUGAAGACGACCAACCAGACCAACCUGCAAGAGUCGACAAUUCUGAGAAUAUUCCUGGUGAUGAAGCCUUCUCAGACGAGGAAGACAAUAUUCCUCUUUCUAUUUUGAGGGAUAGAGAACUAGCGAAAAGACCACCUGGACCAAAUCAACGUCAUUUUGCGUAGUACUAAUAUCAAGCAGUUCACUGAGGAAACUGGACCUAAAAUUCCAGACGAUCUGGAGAAGCCAGUAGAUUUUUUUUAUACUUGUUCCCCAGAACUCUAAUUGAUAAAAUUGUUUUUGAAACAAACUUCUGCGCUCUUCAGAAACCUGGAGGAGACUCUUCAUUUACCUCAACUUCUGCGAAAGAGACUGAAAUUUUCAUUGCAAUUUUUUGGGCCACCUCUUGUUUGAUACUAGUAAGCAUAUCUUAUUCUAACUUAGAGAACAUUUCGUCGACUUUUGAACUCUGUAUUGACAUGUAUGAGCUCUAUUGCCUGUGCAAUUAGGUACAAAAGUUGUUACGUUUUUUAGCCAACUUUGGUCGGUUUGACCUUCCUUAUCAUGCUUAUUAUCACCAAAUGUUUCUGCUUUACUCGAAUGCCUUAUUUAGUGGUAAGUCCAAAUUAAUCUCAAAAAUAAAUAUUUUAAUCGAUGA